GCAGGAGCCGGAGCAGGGGUCCAGCCCCAGCCCCGAGCAUUCCCACGGUCUGGCUUUCCCAGGCAGGCGCCUCGGGAAACUUCUCCCGUCUCCAAUCGCUGCGCUCCACCUUUUAUUCUAAUGGGUUCUGCAUCGCCAUAGGAACCCGCUCCAGCGGCAGCGAGCAGCAGCCGCUUCCCCGGGCGCUCCGGGAGCCGCGCGGCCGCUCCCCCCCCGGGAUGGCCGGGGAUGGAGCCGGGAUCCCAGCGCAGCCAGCCCCGGACAGCCGGACCCCGGCGAGGCUCCCUCGGUGACGGGGCUGUCUGGGCACAGCCUGGCCCCGCUCCUGUCCCCACGCAGCUGCAGCCAGGAGCUCUGGGCUCGGGCAGGAGCCGAUCCCGAGCCGGUGGCCAUGGAGUAGGAGGUUUUCCAGGUGCACAGGCACAGCAGGAGGCUGAAGUCGGCUGCCCCGGGGCACCCGAACGCGCCCUGCCCUCACGCCCCUCGCCUCUGCCAUGAAUGAUGCAUCCACGAUGGAUUAUGAACUGCUCUCCCCGUCCCUGGUGGAGCACCCCGCCGGUGCCGCGGGCAUGGAUGCCGAGCAGAAAACUGUCUUUGCCUUCGUCAUCUUCCUCCUGGUCUUCUUGGUGAUGCUGAUGGUGCGCUGCUUCCGCAUCCUGCUGGACCCCUACAGCCGCAUGCCCGCCUCCUCCUGGACGGACCACAAGGAGGGGUUGGAGAGGGGCCAGUUCGACUACGCCCUGGUGUGAGGGCAGGGACGGGGCGAGCCCGGGCGCUCCGGAUGCCUCCCCCCCACGGCUGGCCCCGGCCCCGGCCCCCCCUUCCUCUGUGGUGUUGCCCCGCAGGGAUGCUCCGGGCAGGGGGGCGAGCAGGGGCUCUGGCCCGCGGGGAUUUUCUAGGGGUUUCUUUCUUUUCUAAGCACUUUUCAGUUCCCUCCGCAGCCUGCAGGACUCCGGGGGCCGGACAGGGCUCGGGCUCCACGCGGGCCCCGCUGCCCCUCCGGCCCCCGGGCAGCGCGGAGGGGCAGGAGGGGACGGGACGGGGCAUGGCGGGACCUGCCCUCGGCCACGGCCCGCGGGGCCCCUGGGCUGGGCGGCUCUGCCCGGUGCCAGACCAGAGCUUUGACCCCCAGCCCCCGCUGCCCCCCGCGCCCCCGGCCGUGCCCCCCGGGAGUGCUGCCCGUGGUCCAGUGCGUGUGUGUGUGUCCCUGUAGCUGAGCUGUGUCCGUCAGGGGUUAUCGGCACCAGACCCGAGCGCUGGCUUUGUUCCUCUGUGUGUGGCAGUCCCAAGCCCCCCGAAGGGAGGGGCAGGUGGAGACCCCCCGUGCGCAGCCCCCCCUCGGCCUCCAGCCCUGUCCCUUCGCACCCCGUCCCUGCCCAGCUGGUGACAAUGGGCUGAGCGAGGGCCAGUCCUGGGGACACCCGCUGGGGGACACCCGCCCAGGACGGACCGAGGGGCCCCCGAAACACCCGGGAGAGGCUCCUCGGCCGGCACGGGCCUGGCAGCCGCCCGCGGGUGCCCCAGAGUGGCCAGUCCCUGCUGGGGUGGCCACCCCGUGCCCGGCCCUUCCCUGGCUCUCUCCGAGAGGCCUGGAAGUGGCCGAGGGACAAACGCCUGGCGAGCAGGGGAGCUGCGGGUGGCCACAGGGCUCCCAAACCCGCGGUGGGCCAGCGGGAGCAUUUGUCCGAAGGGAUUUGAGCCCAGGGGGGAGCAGCUCGUCCCCCUCCAUGGAAAUAAAGCCGCACCGUGCCAACCCCA